GCAGAGAGUGCUGGAUGGUCUGCAGCUCAAGUGGAUCCCCAACUCCCUGCUCAAAAGUUCCAACACCUCUGGCUCUCUCUGGGACCACGUCCUAUCUAUAGACAUCGGGUCUCAUGUUGCUCACAUCCACUGCCACCGCUCUGCCGAUUCGGCCGACGUCAUUCUCAUUGGCUACGACGGCAUAGCCUACCCUCGCCUCGUCUUCUCUCACCAGCCCUCCCUCUUCCAAUUCCUCGAGUGUCUGGAGAACAAUCUCCUUCCCCGCGGCUGUCUGGAGCCUCCUCUGUGGUACAUCAAGACACAGACAACCAAGGCGAAGCGGGGUUUGACGUGGCGCUCGCCGCUGCCCUCCUCGGCGGAGUGGGGGGUGGGGGACGGGGAGGAGUGGUGGGAGGGGGUUGAUGUGUGGAACCAGGUGUUCAGACUCAGGUUCAGUGGGGGGAGGACCGACUCUGCCGCUAAGGCUGCCACUCUCAACCCAGCAAGGAGCCAGGUCCCGCAUGUCCCUCUCAACCUACACACUCUCCGCGGACCUUUCUCAAAUUCUGUGAAAUCUUUCGGUUCUUCUUCUUCUCUCCUCCUCCUCCUCUCUCUCCUCCUCCUCUGCCUCUUCGAAUGCCUCCUCGGCGUCCUCCUCUCCCUGCCCCUCCCCCACACAAGAGGACCGGCAUCACUGGGGUUUCAUCUCCCCAUUUGGCAUCAGCAUCGACAAACCCACGUCACUAGCUCGGAAAGACUGGGAGAAGUUUCAGUUGAAGGUAUCCAAACAGCUCCUGGCCCGCUACUUCUACAGCUGUGAGUAGAUCACAUGACUCUCACAUGACUCUCACAUGACUAGAUGCAUACGGCUGUCGUACUGUCGUCACAUGAAGAAGGUGCACCACAUGGUGUCACACAUGGUGGACGCCAGCGUCUCGUUGGAGGGGUUGGACCCUGCCAAUUACAGAGAGGGAGCUGUGGAGAGCCUCUGGGCAAACUUCCUCGCCAACAGAAAUGAGGAGAACUGGGCUCGGUUUCUGAGAGUUGUGUACAACAGACCAAUUCCUCACCCCCUCCGUCCAGAGGUGUGGCCCUGGCUACUGGGCCUGUAUCCAGUGACCUCCACGGACGAGAGAACAGAGAGAAUCAGAGCUCACGAGAAGGAGAGCUACGAACGGGAAGUGGAGGAGUGGAAGAAGGUCGAGGUUGUUCACGUGAGACUGCUGGCCGUGGCCGAGAGAGAGAGGCAGGAGAGGAUGAGGAGAGAGUAUGCGUCCCACAUGAGCGAGCUGGGCGUGAAGAGGAUCGCCGAGUUGGCACCGAGAGAGGGUAACGAUGGAGGAGAUGAAGGGGCCCAGAAGGGAAAUGGAGGCGGAGGGGAGGAGGAAGAGCACGAGGGAGGUGAGGAAGAGAUGGGGGAGGUAGUGGGAGGCGUGUCUUCUAGUGAAGGUGCAGCCACACCCAUGGCUGUUCAAGACCACACCAAUUUCGAAGAGGGGUGUGGCCCCACACAACCCCCGCCUACUGACACACCCCUCGCAGCACACUCAUCACAGAAUACCUCUUCAGAGCUGAUCACGUUCACCGAAAUAACACAGAGCACAACCUCACCCCUCCCUUCCCCAAAUACCACCCCUCCCCAGACUCACCCUCCACAGUCUUACAUCAUACCACCUCAUAAUGACAUCAUCACCAAAACACGCAGCAACUCCGUGGAUUCAGGCCACUCCUCCAACUGUAACCUAGGCAACAGCACCGGGAGUAGUAGUCACAGAAACGUCCUCGUGAACGGUUGCCACGCAGACGAACAUGUAGAGGAGGAAGAUUUGCUAGUGGAAUGGAAUGGAGACGGGAGUGGAAUGGAUCUGGGACUUGAAGGAGGGGAGGGGCUAACACAGUCAACUCUGACCAUAGUACCGGACGGUACGGUAGCUGUGGAGGAGGGGGAGGAGAUGGUUCUAGACGAGAGGGGGAGACUGUUUGCAGACGAGCUGCUCAAGAUUGACAAAGACAUUCCAAGAUGUGACCGGGACUACUGGUUCUUCAAGGAGCUAGGGAACCUGGCAAAACUGCGGAACAUUGUGACUACGUACGUGUGGGGCCACCUGGACGACGGCUACUCUCAGGGGAUGUGUGACCUGCUGGCUCCACUCCUGGUCGUCCUACAGGACGAGGCCCUCACAUACGCCUGCUACCAGUGCCUCAUGAAGUCGGCCAUCCUCCUGUUCCCUCCACACACGGACAUGAACUCUCGUCUCUCCAAUCUCAAGGCCCUGCUCCAGGUCUUGGAGCCGGAUUUCUUCCAGUAUCUGAGUGAGAGGCCCCUGGGUGACGGGCUCUUCUAUUGCUACCGAUGGUUCCUCGUCUCCUACAAGAGAGAGUUCAAGUACAGCGAUGUGUUCCGACUGUGGGAGACGUGGUGGGCAGCGAGGGAGGUUUCCUCCGCCCACUUCCUGGAGUUCUGUGGAUUGGCCAUUAUGGCCCAGUUCAAGCCGGCCAUUAUGGAUUCCCACAUGGACUCGAGUGACAUUCUAAACUUGUUCACGGACCUGGCAGACAGUAAGGCCAUCAACUGCACCGCCACCAUUGCACUGGCGCAGUCCUUCAUAAGAGACCUUGUGUGUGCCAUCACCAGGAGGGAGUCAUAGGGGGGGUUGGGGGAGGAGGGGGUGGGGGGAAGGGAAGGGAAGGGGGAAUGUGGAAUAUAGGGAAGGUGAUUGCUGGAAAGUGACUAGAAUUCAAUAGAGGGGGUAGAUCAGCACUUAGAGAGAAAUGUUCGUGUGUGAUGUAUUUUAUGUAAAAAAAUCUUUCAAAUUAUUGUCUGUAAAAAGUGUCUGUAAAAUUUUGUGCAAUGGUCAUGAAUACAUGUAUAUAUCCAAAGCUUGCUACUUCCGG